AUGGGCCCCAACCCGAAGACCGUCGACAACAGCGCCGCCGCCUCUGCUUCUGCCUUUGCGUCCGCCCAAGUGUCAACAUCGGCCUCCCUCGAGGAGACGUCGACGACCCGUUCACUGCUUUCGCGAUUUGGCCUGCUGCCCCUCCGGGCGCGCGCCCGCAACGUCGCAGACUUCCACAUCAGGCCGGCCGAGCCUCACCGCAAAUACGGCGCCGGCGAUCAUGUGCAGGGCGCUGUGAUCUUGACCGUUGUCAAGCCGGUCCGCAUUACCCACCUUACCGUCGCCCUGCACGGUUAUGUUCGCGUAUACAAGAACCCAAACGGCUCUGCAAACGACCCUGUAAUCAAUCCCGCCGAGGCGCCGGCCGCUGCCAGACAUGGGACGCGUCUAAAAUACCUGGGUAAUGGUUACGCGUCGCUGUUUCAGGACGAGCAAGUCCUCAGUUCCGACGGCAGGCUCGAGCCUGGAAGAUAUGAAUUUAAUUUCGAUCUCCUCUUCCCCUCGAAGGGUCUGCCGAGCAGUAUUGAUCGCGGUACCAUCUCAUACAUGAUAACGGCGACCUUGACCCGCCCAACAUCCAUAUCACCCACAGCAAGCUGCGAGCGUAAGGUCUAUCUCGUCGAGAAGGUCGAUAUCGGACUUCUGACCCCACCACGGGCUCGCACAAUCUACCUUGAGCCCAUCUCGAAAAAGGCAAAGAAGAAGAAGCAGGUGGCCAGCGGCGCGGACAGAACAUCGGUCGCGUCCGACUUGCUCGAGCCGGCAUCCGAUUUGGACUCUACCCGUGCCAAUGAGAAUUCUACUGAGGGUUCCCUAUCGGUGGUAGGGGAGGACUUGGGUCAUGACUCUCUCGGUAUCAACCCCCGAAGCCCCAUUCAAAGCGACAUUCGGAGUGUCAGCGGCGAUAGUGCUGCCAGCGGCAGCACAGGACGAACCAGGGGCGGCGAGGUAAAUCCCGCGGGCGUCUCGAGCGCCUCGGUAGGCGGGAAACCAAUUCCCUCUAUCAAGGAUCGCACCAUCACGGCAACCAUCGAGUUGUUAAGAGGUGGCUGCCUCGCGGGGGAUCUAGUGCCAGUCAAGAUAUCUGUGCAGCAUAUCAGGAGGAUAAAGAGCAUGCACGGCGUCAUAGUGACCCUUUACAGACAAGGGCGUAUAGACUCUGAUCCUCCGAUGCCUCUAUUUGGGGAGCUUUCCAACGACGAUGCCAAGCGCGUGGAAAAGGAAGAUUACUAUCCCAAGUCGAAGACUGGUCUUGGGGGGCUCUCGUUGUCGUCGGCGGGUUCGUGCAGCGUGUUUCGAAAGGAUCUAUCCCAGGCGUUCACCCCCCUCAUCAUCGACCCCGACACAUUGACUGCCAGCGUGACGACGUCGGUGCGGAUUCCAGAGGACGUCUUCCCCACGAUCAAAAAUGUUCCCGGCGAGAUGAUAGCCUUUAAAUACCAAAUCGAGGUCAUUGUGGACCUAGGCGGGAAACUCGCAAAGCAAAUACACCUUGGCAAGCCAGUCGGCCCGCGGAUUGGGAACGUUGGGGCACCAUUAGGAAUGUCGCCUAGUCCUUAUGAAGGUGGCACGCCUUCUCUGGCUUCAUUCGGCACAAGCAUCAUCGACACUGACAGGCUCCGCCGCGAGAAGGGUGUCAUUUCUGUGGUUUUCGAAGUUGUUGUCGGCACAUCAGACAGCAGUCGGCUACAUGGCAAAGGCCUUUUGAAGGCCGCUCGUUCUAUACGUACCUUACCCGUCCUCGAGUCGGAUCUAUAUAACGGCAGCCAUGGAGAAAAAAGGGGUUGGCCAAAUUCCCUCGAGAAUGAGGGUUAUGACACCGAAGAUCACGGACACCAUCGCUACCCACAGGAACCUGUAUCACCGCCCCAUUUGCCUCAGCAAUACCCUUACUGGAAUCCUGCUCCGUCGGAGACAAUAUCCGCUCCCCAUUAUAUCCCGCCACCAGAUAUACCUGAAGAGAGUAACCUGACUGAAAAGGAGCGCGUCAGGCGCGCUGAGCAAAGAUUAUUACCGAGUCAACCAUCCGAGCCUCUGGUUGCAGGGCCCUCAACAGCGGUAUUCCCCGAAGGCGAAAACAUUUACGAUGCGGAUAGUCCACGGCUGUCGAUACCUAGACUCGCGACAACAACAUCACACGCCGAAUACCCGGAUCACCUCGAAGCCCCCACAGCGCCAACGCUGGAGGAGCUUUCUUCUGGCCCUCAAGCUGCUUCUUCAGAGGAUAAGCAGGAGUUGGAGCGGCAGCGGCUGUUAGCAGAAGCUAGCGUGCCUCCGGAGUUUCCGGAAGACUACGACAACGGCGGCGGUGCGGUAGCAGGUCCCAGUGCACCUGCAUCAAUGGGGACAAACGCCAUACCUGCAACGUUUGAGCCGUCUGCGCCGACUGCAGUGGACGAGGAGACUCAUUAUGGCUUUAAUUAUAGCUACGGCUCAGCAGCACCCUCAUCUUCACGGCAUACUCCUUCGGCCCCCCACGAACCGCUGCCCAAGUACGAGAGGUGA